AUGGCUGAGGUUAACCAAAACUGAAAAAUGUACCCCACACAUUCAAUAGCCAACACAGUGAACUAUUCAAGUGGCUGUUCCUAAUUCCACCUAGCCAACCUCUCUUAUUUGGUCUGUGCGAUUUAAGUGUUCUUGCCAAGACUGAUCUUGAUUUACUUUGAAUGAUGUGUUCAAAAAUCGGGCAAAUAUUACUUUCAGUCAUAUGCAUAACCAUUUCACUAAUAUCAGCUCAGGAUGGUGAUGUUGUAUUUCUUCGGGCUCUCAAAGAUGAUUGGAAGAACACACCACCUAGCUGGGAUCACAGUUCCGAUUCGUGUGAUAGCAGUUGGGAGGGCAUCAGCUGCACAAACGGUCGUGUGACCAGAAUCACCUUGGCAAACAUGCAACUUUCGGGUGAGCUCUCUGGACACAUCUGGCAGUUUACCGAAUUGCAGAUUCUAGAUCUGUCGUACAACAAAGAAUUGAUCGGUUCACUCCCUCCGGAAGUCCAAAAUCUGAGGAAACUAACCGAACUAACCCUGGUUGGAUGCGGCUUCACUGGUCCUAUUCCGGACGCCAUUGGAAACCUUGAAAGUCUUACCUCUUUAUCUCUGAAUUCAAACAGCUUCACCGGAUCCAUUCCAGCUUCAAUUGGCAAGCUUAAAAAUCUUGAUUGGUUAGAUCUCACUGGUAACAAGCUUACAGGGAGUAUACCAGUUUCUAACGAGAGUACACCUGGUCUUGAUAUGUUAAGUAAUGCGAAGCACUUUCACUUAGGAGACAACCAGCUUUCUGGUGAAAUCCCACCUGGGCUCUUCAACUCCACCAUGACACUGAUUCAUCUGUUGUUAGAUAACAACAAGCUUAGGGGCACUAUUCCUUCCACCCUUGGACUUGUCACGUCUCUCCAAGUUGUACGACUUGAUAGGAACUCUUUGAGUGGCAAUGUCCCUCCAAGCAUCAACAAUCUUGUCAAUACUAGCGGCAUGUUCUUGUCAAACAAUCAAUUGACCGGCCCUAUACCGGAUCUUACAGGCAUGAACCUCCUGAACUAUGUAGAUUUAAGCAACAAUAGUUUUGAUCCGUCACCAGCACCGUCAUGGUUUUCAACUCUACUGGCUCUGACAACUAUUAAGAUGCACAACACUAACCUUAGAGGAGAACUGCCGCGUGACUUGUUCCGCAUUCCUCAGUUACAGAAAGUUGAUUUAAGUUCCAACAUGAUAAAUGGCUCUUUGGAUAUUACAUCAAAUCCUAGCACACAACUUCAACUUGUUGAUCUUCAACAUAACCAAAUUGAGGGCUUUAUCCAACGAGAUCAAUAUGAAGAUAGUAUUGUUAUAAUACUUGCCGAUAAUUUAAUAUGUAGAGAAUCUGGUGUGACGGACCGAUACUGUUCCUCUCACACAAAUAUUACUACAUAUUCGACGCCAUGGAACAACUGUGGACCUGCUUCAUGUGUUUCUAACCUGGUUUUGAGUCCAAACUGUCAGUGUGCAUAUCCAUACAAGGGGUCAAUUUACUUCAAAGCUCCUUCCUUCUCUUCACUAGAAAACUCCACCAUUUACCUCUCGCUUCAUAAUUCAUUGAUGGCGUUAUUUCAGGACGCUGGUCUCAGUGUAGAUACAGUGUCAUUAAAGAAUCCUAGGAGAAAUGCGGAUGAUUAUCUUGUGAUUGAUCUUGAAUUUUUCCCAUCUGGAGUACCAAGAUUCAAUAGGACAGGGAUUCUUGCGCUUGGGUUCGCCCUUAGUCCUCUAAAGUUCAUUCCUCCAGAAGGAUUUAAUUACAUCUACUUUUUCAUUCCUGAAAGUUAUGAGUUCUUGCCAGGUACCAAACACAAGUCAUCCAACACUGGAAUUAUCGUGGGAUCCGCAGUUGGUUGUUGUGUGCUUGUGGGGAUAUUAGUUCUUGUAGGAACGUAUUGUUUUCUUCGAAAAAAACCAGCCCAACAGGCCCAGCCCUUUGCACUCUGGGAUCCAACCAGUGGGAGUGGUGGUGUUCCACAGUUGAAAGGAGCAAGGUCCUUCACCUUUGAGGAACUUCAGAAAUACACAAACAACUUUUCGGAAAUUAACAACAUAGGAAGAGGCGGAUACGGGAUGGUAUAUAAAGGAAGUCUUCCGAACGGGCAGCUGAUUGCAAUCAAAAGAGCUCAAGACGGAUCUUCACAGGGUGGGCUCGAGUUUAAAAAUGAGAUCGAACUUCUUUCAAGAGUUCAUCACAAGAAUGUGGUGGGCCUCAUUGGAUUUUGUUUCGAUAAGGGUGAACAAAUGCUGGUUUAUGAGUAUAUCGUGAAUGGGACACUCAAGGAUAGUCUUUCCGGGAGAUCGGGCAUUAGGUUGGACUGGAUACGGAGGCUUAAAAUUUCACUUGGAGCAGCAAGAGGCUUGCAAUAUUUACAUGAUCAUGCUGAUCCCCCAAUCAUACAUAGAGACGUUAAAUCAACUAACAUCUUACUAGACGAACGACUAGUUGCGAAAGUUGCCGAUUUCGGUCUAUCCAAGCCAUUAAGUGACGCUAAUAGAACUCAUGUAACCACUCAAGUCAAGGGGACCAUGGGUUACAUGGAUCCUGAGUACUACAUGACUCAACAAUUGACCGAAAAGAGUGACACUUAUAGCUUUGGAGUUGUGAUGUUAGAGAUAAUAACCGCAAGAAAACCGAUCGAGAAAGGCAGGUACAUUGUGAGGGAAGUGAAAGAAGCAAUGAAUAAGAAUAAAGAACUCUAUGACUUAAAAGAGGUCCUUGACCCAGCUAUUGGUUUUAGUAGCCAACCCAAUGGAUUGGAGAGGUUCGUGGAUUUGGCUCUUAGGUGUGUUGAGGAUACGGGAAAUCAAAGACCAACUAUGAGUGAAGUCGUGAAAGAACUAGAGAGCAUUAUGGAAUUGAUAGGGCUUAACCCACGCAUUGAAUCAUCAUCGUCAACUUCAGCAAGUUAUGAAGGAACGAGUAAAGAUUACAACUAUCCAGAUAGUAGUGAUAGCCUUUUAUCUUAUAGCGAAGGUUCAUUACCUUCAAAGUUGUAUCCAGAAUAGCAAUCUUUAUUUUGCAAUGAAGUGGUAAGAACGCGUGCACA